AUGCUUCAAACAUUCAAAGUUAUAAUUAGAAGUAAUGGGAAAAAAUGCGUCGCAAGAGCUACUAUCGAUACUGCUUCACAGAGAUCAUAUUUAUUAAGAAGUACAGCUAAAGAAAUGAACUAUGAACCUCAGAGUUGUGAAUAUUUACAACACUCUUUAUUUGGAGGGAAGGACUCAGGGAUAUGCAAGCAUGAUGUAUACACUUUAUAUUUGUCGAGUGUGCACGGGAAUUAUAAUUGCAACUUUAAAGUUCUUAGUCAACAAAUUAUUUGUAAGUCAGUGCCACCUACUGUCAACAAGCUUGGUCUGAAAGAGUUAGCAGCCUAUAAUAUAAAUAUUGUGGAUGAUUGUCAAAAUCCUAUUGAGAUUCUUAUUGGGGCUGAUGUAGCUGGAACACUCAUGACAGGUGGUCGUCGUGAGUUGCCUUGUGGUCUCGUAGCUAUUGAGACCAAAUUUGGAUGGUCAGUUAUGGGACGAAUGCCGAAUACUUCGAAAAGUGAGUUUUCAUCAUCGUUCUUAGUUACAUCCUUGUUAUCUAGUGUGGAGACCAUAACAGAUCUAUGGACUUUGGACACACUUGGGAUCACUGACCCAUCAGUCAAGAAAAACCAGACUGAACUACAAGAAGCUGCUCGGUUACAUUUUCUAAAUACAGUUCGUAUAGUCGAUGAUCGUUUCGAGGUUGAUUUGCCCUGGUUGGAAUAUCAUCCACCACUAACAGACUAUUUUGACUUAGCCGAGAGAAGACUGAACAAAACUGUUAAACGUCUUAAAGUCGAGUCCAAUUAUGAAGCUUAUGGAGAUGUUUUCAAGGAAUGGCUAGAAGAGGGAGUAAUUGAAGAGGCUGAUAAAAAAUAUCAAGGGCAAGUUCUUUACCUUCCUCAUCGAGAAGUUAUCAAAAGGAAUAGCACUACAAAACUCCGACCGGUAUUUGAUGCUUCGGCCAAAGUAAAGGGAUUUCCUAGUCUUAAUGACUGCUUAGACCCAAAUCUAAUAGAACAGCUUCCGAGUAUUUUAACACGCUUUCGAAAAGAAAAGAUUGGUGUUAUUGCUGAUAUACGAAGAGUCUUUCUUCAAAUAAGUGUUUCACCUACUGAUAGAGACUUUUUGCGGUUCUUGUGGCUUGAUAGUGAUGGUCAACUGAAAGUGUACAGGCACUGCCGUGUAGUUUUUGGUGUAGCAAGUAGCCCUUUUCUUCUAAACUCUACAAUUCAACUUCACCUACAAACUGUUUUAGAGAAAAUAGAAACCGGUGAAUCCUUAAAUACGAAAAAUUAA